UGUCAACAACCUGUCAUCUCACAAAACUAUCAGAACUCCAUGCUUCCACAACCUGCGUGGAAUUGGUUGCAAACCGCAUAAGAGUCUACCAUGUCAUCUCUUGGAUAAUAAUCUACCAAUUCUCAAUGGCACGCUCAGGUUCAACCUCUGCGAGGCAUAGCUCUGAGCUGGCCAAUAAGCCAGGUAUCCUCGGAGCAAUUGCUAGAUUUUGGCAGAGAUCGUAUGCUGCAGACUAUCUUGGAAUCAUACUGCUCUUGGUGGCCUCAGCAUUGGUGCAAUUCUUCCUUGAGCCUUUCCACCGCAUGUUUUCGCUUGACGAUCUCGCAAUAAAAUUUCCUCAUGCUGCUGUCGAGCGUGUUCCAGUCUCAUACUUAUUAUUCGUUGCCGGUGCCCUACCAUUGAUCAUCAUAAUUGUCUGGGUUGUCUUGUUUCGUCCAGGUCUACAUAAAUCUCACGUUACAAUUCUUGGGUUUCUGAUUAGUAUCUUAUUGACAUCUUUCCUCACCGACGUUGUCAAGAACUCCGUGGGACGGCCACGACCAGAUCUCAUCUCGCGCUGCAAGCCGGAAAAAGGUACACCCGAGCACACACUCGUUACGUUUGAAAUAUGUACAGAGACCGAUCAUCAUGUCCUUCACGAUGGGUGGCGAAGCUUUCCGAGUGGACAUAGUAGUUUCGCCUUUAGUGGGCUGGGCUAUUUGGCGUUGUUUUUCGGGGGUCAGAUGCACGUUCUGAGACCUCGAACUGAUUUAGCACGCGUACUCAUCGCUCUUGCUCCGUUGCUGGUGGCUACUCUGAUAGCGAUAUCUCGAUGUGAAGACUACCGUCACGAUGUAUACGAUGUCACUAUUGGUUCAUUGCUAGGCAUGUUCGUCGCCUGGUUCUCGUAUCGGAGAUACUACCCAAGCCUCCAAUCGAUCCAGUGCGACCAGCCCUUUCCAAGCCGUUCAGCUGGGAUCCCGUCCGCCUCACUCAGUAAACACCGAGAUGAAGAGGAACGUAUUGGAAGCGCUCGAGAAUUUGCCAUUGAAGACCUGGAGGACGAUGGCGAGGCUGUUCCUUUGACAGAGCUGGGGCGGGAGAAUGGGAGAGGUUAGAAAUUGUUUUAUUAGCUAGGUUUUAUUGUGGUAUGACAAACACCACGUUCCUCGAAUUUCAUCUACACUGUACAACAGUAGUUUAUUGUAGGGGUCACGCAAACGCACCUGAAGGUAAAGUCUUGCGCAGAAGCAGGGAUUCACGCCUAACAAAUCCCCGG